ACUCAGCACCUCAGCCAACUAUCCAAGAUGUCUAUGACAUACAACGAAAAUGAACCUAAACCGGUUUCAAAACCAUUUCCAGAUAUUCCUGAAUCAGUCUUUGCACAAUUUUCAAUGAAAGGAAAAGUUGCAAUCGUAACGGGAGCAGGAGCAGGAUUAGGACUUGCUGCCGUAGAAUCAUUAGCAGAAGCAGGUGCAAAUAUUGCAUUAUGGUAUAAUUCAAACGAAGAAACAAUCGCAACUGCAAAAAGUGUUGCAGAAAAGUAUAAUGUUAAAACUAAAGCUUACAAAAUUCAAGUUCAAAAUCAAGAUUUAGUAAACAAAGGUGUAGAAGAAGUUAUCAAAGACUUUGAUGGUCGAUUGGAUGUAAUGAUCGCAAAUGCAGGUGCUGCAAAAUCGGGGGGCAUUAUUGAACAAUCAAUCGAAGAUUGGAAGAGACAAGUUGAUAUCAAUUAUUACGGUGUGGUGUACUGUGCAAAAGCUGCAGGCCAUCAAUUCAAGAAACAAGGCUCAGGUAACCUCAUCAUCACUUCUUCCAUCUCGGCUCAUAUCGUAAACGUUCCUAUCGAUCAACCUUGCUAUAACUCAACAAAAGCUGCCGUUACAAUGUUGGGUAAAUGUUUGGCUCGUGAAUGGAGAGAUUUUGCAAGAGUCAAUAUCGUCAGUCCUGGAUACUUUAAAACAAACCUUGGAGCUUCUGAUCGUGCUGAAUCCGAGGCAUACCGUAUGAGCGUAAUGGGCAGACAAGGUCACGUAAAGGAAAUCAAAGGACUGUUCCUCUACCUCGCCUCAAACGCUUCCACUUACGUCACCGGAUCUGACUUUAUCAUCGAUGGUGGAUACACUCUCCCAUAAACUCCCAGAAACAAUCUGUACAAAUGAGAAAAAUACAAUUUUGAAUUAUACUACACUAGAGUACAACAGCAUGUCUUUUUAGAAAGCACUUGUAGUUCUGAUCGA